UCUUCAAUGGUAUCGCCCACCUUGUCCUUUGACCCCUACCGGUGGGUGUGGUCAAGGGUUGCGCGCGCCACGUGGUUCCGCACUCCACGUGGGGGAGGACUCCGCUCAGAGCUUCGCGUGGCCUUCGCGAGGCAUUCGCGAGAUAUUAUAAAAAACAACUCCAGCGGAAAGGAUGAGACGAGGUUACAGUACCCGCAAAGUGUCCGACAGUAAGAACGAGCGAGCUGAGGGCGAAAUCUCAAGCAACGUGUUUGAGUGCCCCCCGGAUUUCGAGGAGGGUGCCUACAUUCCACUCGGCGGUCUCACGGUAGAAAGUGCCAAGGCCUCCUCUACUGAAGUAUGGCUUAUCCAGGCACCGACAGACUUCUCUCCACAGUGUUUGGCAGGUAUGAUGAUCCCGCUGGAGGGAUUCGAACGCGUUACUUUGGACAAGGAGAACAAGCACUACAGAAUCAUGAGCAGCUGUCAAGGGAUGCCCAAGACGGGCGUGGUGCUGCCUGUGGAGAAGGGAGGAGACAGGUUGCAGUGGGCUCCAGUGUUGAAGGGAAUGAUCUCCGUCACCGAGGAGGCGGUUGGGAUGGCAAAUGGCAGUGGAAAGAUUCAUCCGGUUCCUGUUCCUCCUCCGCCGCGCAUCCCUGAGGGUCUCCGGCAGAGGUUUAAGCCCUUCGGAUACAGCCAGCCAGCCGGCGCUCAGGGGCACAUUGCGGACAGAAAAGAAACUACUCGGAAAAAAAGGAAAUUGGCCGUCGGGCCUGAAUUGGUGGUGAAGGAUGAACCCAAUUGGAGCAAACGGGCAAAGGGGGACAAAAAAUCGCGUGAAAAAUCUAGGGAUGAGACUGUUCCGGCCGCACCACUCGCUGUGCAGGUGAAAGUGGAACCCGAGGAGGGCCACGGCAAGGCUCACGGCAGGAAAAAGAAAAACAGGGAGAAGAACCGGGAGGUGGCGGCUCCAGCGGUUGUGGACGGCAGCAAUUUGGCGGUGCAGGUCAAAGAAGAGGGCGCGGAAGAACGUAACGGUAACGAGGCGAGUCCAGAAGCAGCAACGAGAAGCGGUGGAACCGAGUCGCCGUUGCUAUGUCUGCAGGACGCGGCAGGAGAGAGCGAGGAGGGAGGGAAGGAGGAGGUUAAACCUAAGAAGAAGAAGAAGAAAAGCAAAAAGGAUAGGAAGGAAGAGGCGCCACUGGCAGCUGUGGAGAUAAGCGAAUUGUCAGAAGGUGUGUGUGCAGCGGUAAAGAUCGAGCAGGGAUCGACUGAGUCUCGUUCCAGGAAAAAGAAGAAAAAGAGCAGAGACAAGGAGAAAACGGCCAUGGGGGAGGGAGUUUGUGCAGCAGACUUGAUCAGAAACGAGGCCUAUGACGGCGUAGAAGUGAAAACAGAGAUGGAAUCGUGGGAUCUGAUAAGGGAGGAGGCUGCCUCUCCCUCGGCGUAUUCCUGCGUAGUUCCCAAGGUGGAAGCGGAGCAGAAUGAGCCUUCCGUUCGGAGGAAGAAAAAGAAACGGCGAGAUAAGGACGCGGACGAUGCGGACGAUGCGGGGGGAGAGGGGCACGUGGCUGCGGGGACGACGAGCAGCCGCAGCACGGUGGCGGGCGACGCAGGCGCGGCAGACGUCAAAGUGGCGGACAUAGCCGUUGACGACACGGAGCUGUAUCCGGUCAAACGAGAAGACGAGGAAGAGGCUCGGAAGAAAAAGCAGAAGAAGAAAAAGAAGGAAGAGGAGACGGAGAAGCACGUGGCGGUGAAGAGAGAGGAGCCGCCGAGCGAUGCAGCCGCUGUGGAUGAACACGCUUUGAGGAAAAGGUCUAAACACAAACAGUCGGAGGAGGAAAUCCCAAAUGCCGAUGUCGGUGAACGUGCUCACAAGAAGACGAAGAAAAAGAAGAAAAAAUGAGUGAUCGUUUAUUUCGUUAAAUAUUAAUCAUGUUUGACACCCGUAAUAAAAGUGGAUGUUAUAAUGACUUGUGUUAAUGAAUAACAUUGCAGCCGCAGAGCUUAGAUGCAGUGCAUAACUUGGGCCGACUCAAACAUCGUGUAUAAUAACAUCUCAAGUUUAUGUUUGUUCUUUUUUUUUCUCCCCCAGGUUGUCAUAAACCAUUGUAAUGAACCUGCCUCUACAAGUGCUGGCCAUUUCGUCAAUAUUAAUAUGCCGCUAAAGCGUGCACUGUUAAAAUGUCAACGUUUUAUUUCACCUUCGAAAUGUGAAGUUUUGCUGCCAUUGUAAACAUAAAUGAAAGGUCUUCUUGGUUACAUCUGCUCUGACCUUAACUUUAAUGCUUUGCGCCAUAUGGCUGAUGUCGGGGAAAUCCAACAGGAUCCUGAGCCCAUUUCGCGACGUAAAACUGCACAAACGUGUCUUCUUGGUUCACCAGCAACACGGCGUCCGUGUUGAUUUUGUUAACACGGCAUAAGAGUUAGCGUGGGCCGAGCGGGCACGGCAGGCGUGUGGGGAUGGUUCAUUGUCCUGCUAUUGUCCUACAAAAGAGCAUGAUGGUGACAGUUUAAUCGGCCCGCGUCGAUGGCCCGAUUGAUUGUAAGGGUGGCUCACGUAUCACCACGAACAGCCACCGUUGCUGUCGCAGCGGCGGCGUUUCGUCUGCUCCAAUGUCGACGCGCUUGCCACACCGCUCCGGGGACAAAAAAAAAACAACGCAGAAAAUCUCAAAGCGCGCGUUGUCGUGCGUCGAUAAACAUCUCUGCGUUUAAUUGCUGCCCGAGAUUUACGGACGCGACACGCGCAUGGCCAUCCGACCAACUGCCAGCACAAGGUUAUGUUUUGCUUACGCGUGGUGCACACACGCGCACCGCUGUGAUGGGGCUCGUUCGUUGGGGUUUGGGGUAGUACUCGUGGCUGCUUGGUUGUAGCUGGGCUUGGCUAAUGGGCCAGUUGGUCACUAUCCACUAGGACCAGUGAAAGUGACUGGUUGUCGAGUUGGGAUUAGGAGUAGGACCAGUCCUAUUCACUGGUUAGCUCGUUGGUUACUGUUACGAGUAUGGUUAGUACUAGUCGCUGGUUGACUACUUAGUGUUAUGAGUAGAACUAGUAUUAGUGUCUGGUUGGCUAUUUGGUUAUGAUUGGAGUUGGACUACAAUUGGUGGCUGUUUGAUUUGGGAUAGAUGUAACAUUUGCUUAACGAGUGCUUGCCCCUCUAUGGCAGCGCAUCACCUGGCAUUGUCCCAUUUUUCAUUUCUGAUAUCCACAGGGGGGCCCUUGCCAUGUGCACGCUCCGAUGCCCAGACUCGUUUUAACGCCGACAGUGCAGACAUUGGCUGGGCUGUCGCCUCUCCUCCCUGGAGGGGGGGGGGGGGAGCAGGUCAUCCAAAGAGGUGUUCGUUCGCUUCGCCGGUUUAGAUCCCUCCCUCGCCAGUUGCCUCGGGCAGCCAGUAUCACAUGUAGGUGGCCUUUUUUUCAUUGGUGGGGGGGGGGGGUGACUCUUUUUCCCCGCGUCGAUGAACUUGAGCUCCCGGCAAAAGGAAACGGGGUCAUCAGCACCUCCAUCGUUGUACUCGCUCGUGCGUUUUGACGCACGCUCGGCGCGAUUGUCGGCGAGGGAGGAAGAGUGAUUGAUGGACGGGGAUUGGGUUUAUAUUUUAUCAGAUGAGAACUAUAGGCAGGACAAAGGUGUAGCCCUGGGAGUAUAUUGCUCGCAUCACUGCUGGUGGAAGGGCCUCCGCUAGAGGCAGCUCCAAGAGGGGUGCUCGUUUCGAAGGUUAUUUGGCCUACUCUUUCACGCUGGCCAGAAGUCUAGAAAGAGGUUGGGGCACUCGCGCGUUACCCCACCCACACACGCGACCAUGCGGAUCGACAACCCCGGUGUAACCCGUUUAUACUGCUGGGUCGACGUGGCGGUGGCGUGUAAGAAACCUGCACCAUCGUUUGAGCUGCCGCGCCGGGAGAUCGUACCGGCGACCUCCAACGGUGAAAGUCGUCCAGUGCGCUGACCGUCACCCUGCGGCAGUUUUCCGCCAAUACGCGGCCCGUCUGUGACAUCGUCUCAAUGAAGCCUCGGCGUAGCCUUCCUGCAUUAAUGAAAAAGGUCGUUAUCACGGUCAGCAUCGUGAUGACAGUGAAUCUCAUGAACGGUAAUGUUCUUGUGAGUUUGCUAGAAGCCGACAGCACCGCCAGUGGCACGAGUGAUGCGUUCGCAUUUGCAUCAUCACUUGCCACAAGCCAAUUUAAGACAAAGCGCAGAGGCAGAGACCACACGAAAACAUUACACGAAAAUACACGCCCGUGAAUUGAACGGGGCGUUGAGAGAAAGUGUGUGUGCGCUUGUAUUUUUUCACACACAACCGUUUUAAAUAUAAUUACGGCUUACCUGUUCGGGGGGGGGGGGGGGGGGGGGGGGGGGGGCGGUGGGGAGUGCCGGGCAACGCCUGCGAAUUUUCUUUUAAAAUUGAGCAAUUUAUAAGAAAAAGUGACGAUUCAUUUGUAAUUCGACGAGGAGGGUAGG